CUUUUGUUUUGGGACAAGUUGUUACCCUCCUUGACAUAAAUUCGCUUUAAAUGUAACAAGACUCCACUUCAUAAGAACUUUAGUAAACCUAUUUGCAUUUAAUGUAGUGAACCGACAUUAUAGUAUGGAAAUAACAAAACAUGAAACGUGAUUAGCGACAAUCAAAUGGAAGUACCGACAUGAAAAAAAAUUGAGCUUUUAAUUUUUUCGUAAGUGGAGCUUUAAAGUGGACACGUAAAGGGAGACAAGAGGAGGAGAUUGGACGGAGGGGCCAAACUCGCCCCGCACGUCCGUCCGUUUAUGCAAAUCCGCCCCGAGCCCGAAUAAGGACACGGAGGAAUGAAACAUGGUGGCGGAGGGAGCAGGCCAACAUGGAGGCGAGAGCACCUCAUGAGCCGUAAUGCGGUAAAGAGAAGUCUGAGGAAACCUUGAAAGGAGACAACGACGACGAAGGAAGGAAAGAAACAACGGGGCUGGAGCCCUCCGCUCUGCAGCGGCGGCCCGCCGCGAUGCCGUGGCCGGGCGGAGGCGGCGGCAAGCGGCGUGAGAGCUCCGAGCUCCCGCUGCCCGCCGGAUGGGAGGAAGCCCGAGACUACGACGGAAGAGUCUUCUUUAUCGACCAUAACACCCGGCAAACCUCGUGGAUAGAUCCCCGAGAUAGGAUCACCAAGCCACUGACCUUCGCCGACUGCGUGGGAGACGAGCUUCCCCUGGGCUGGGAAGAGGUCUACGACCAACAAGUGGGCGUUUACUACAUCGAUCACAUUAACAAGACCACACAGAUCGAAAAUCCGCGCACACAAUGGCGGCAGGAGCAGGAGCGCAUGUUAAAAGAGUACCUGGUGGUGGCGCAGGAGGCCCUACGAGCCAAGAAAGAGAUGUACCUAGUCAAGCAACAGCGGCUGGAGCUGGCCCAGCGUGAGAUGUUGCUGUUCCACGAGCUCUCCGACGAUAGCCGCUCCGUGGCUAGCAGCGCGCUCUCCGGCUCGUCUUCCGGCGCGAAAUAUGACCCCGACCAAAUCAAAGUGGAAGUGGCUUGUAGGCGAGAGCGGCUCUCCAGGCUGAAGCACGAGCUGGCCCAGGUGAGGCAGGAGCUGCAGUACAAGGAAAUGGGCGUGGAGACCCUGCAAGAGAUCGACCGCAAGAUGUCGUGCAGUCAGACCAACUACAAGCUGGAUGAGGCGCAGGCCAUCUUCAGCGAGCUGCGCAGCAUCAAGAAGGCCAUCAGCGCCGGCGAGAAGGAGAGGCAGGACCUCAUCCAGAGCCUGGCCAAGCUGACGGUGAAUUUCCAGAGCAGCUUAUGUGUGGGUGAUACUGCCGGUGAGUUGGUCAACACCGGUGGAGGAGGCGGGGCCGCUGCGCCGGGCGAACAUCAGCAGCUGUAUUGCGACGCUGGCUGCCAGACGGACGUGAUAAUGGGAGAGGACUCAUCCCACCUGGUGGACAAAGUCAAAGUCAACUGGCAGUACGAAGAGGCCAAAAAGAAAGUCCAGAGCAUCCAGCACCAGCUGGCCCAGCUGGACAGCGAGAGCUGGUCCGGCCGGGCCGAAGCAGAUCGCGACCGAGACUUUGUCCAGCUGUUGCGUGAGAAGGAGGCGUUGCUGCACGACAUCAUCAGCGUCAGCAAGCGCCACGAGAAGGCUCGCGCUCCCGAUUCGGGUCCGGAUAUCGAGCCCGGUCCCGACACGCUCCUGCAGCUGGAGGAAGAACGCUGCCGGCUGGAGGAGGAAGUGCAAAGGGCGCACAGCUCGCAGAGUCAGGGAGCCAAUCAGAGGCUCCUGCAGCAGGAGAAGAGAAACGUGCUGCUGAGAAAGCUGGAGGAGGCCACACGCAUCACCACCUACCUUCACUCUCAGCUCAAAAGCCUAUCUGCCAGCUCCCUGACGGUGUCGUCCAGCAGCAGCCGCGGCUCGCUAGCGUCCAGCCGCGGCUCGUUAGCAUCCAGCCGCGGCUCCCUCAGCUCCAUCAGCUUCAGCGACAUCUACGGCGCACCGCCCUACGAGCGCCACGACGAGCCUCCGGACCCCCACCUCCGCUUGGCGCCGCCCCUGGAGGCGGAGCCGGCCGCUCCCGGCAGGGCCAAGCGCUCCCACGACACGCCACAGUCGUUAGCCUCGCUGUCAUCUCGCUCCUCGCUGUCAUCGUUGUCGCCGCCCAGCUCGCCCAUGGACACGCCCUAUCACUCUGCACCCCAGGAUUGCCCCCUUACGCAGAUGACGGACGAGUACAUGGAACAAGCGGGACGUGGUCUCGCCGCUAGGGAGGCUGGCUCUCAGGGGGCUUUCAACUCAACUGGAGUGACCUUGCGCGGCAACAGCGGCAGCAGAAGCAGCAGGAGGACCAGGAGAGUCUCUGCCGGCGUCUCCGAGGACGCUCUGGCCACUGACAGCGGCGUCUUUGAGGCCUGGGGAAGGAGGGCGGAGGAGUCCGAGGAGAUGUCUUACCUGAAGGAACAGACAAGUGAGCCCACUCAGAUACAACUAGGACUGCUGUGGGAGUCUGCCUCACAAUCCCUUUGUCUGCAUCUUCUCCAACUCAAGAACCUCAGCAGGUCCAUCACAAGAGAGGGCUACAAAGUCUUUGUGAAGGUGCACCUGAUUCCAGCGGACACGAGCCGAGCUUGCGCCUUCUACUGCUGCACGGCGCUGGAGCCGCAAACACACGUCAGCUUCAACGAAGGCUUCCGCGUACCCGUGCCGGAAGACGCGCUGGCCGGCUGCGCCUUGCAGUUGUCCCUCUGCUCGCUCGGACCGCAGGCUCAGGAGGAGCUUCUGGGUAAAGCGCAGGUGGGCCUGGCUGAGUGUGAGGGAAGCACGGAGAUGGUUUACCACUGGCUGAGGGUCCAAAUGUUCAAUGGGGCGGAGCCUCAGAAACUGCGAAGAAAUCACGACGGGCCUGAAGAUGAACACGGAGCCAGAGCUAUGGAAAGUGCCCCAUUAUCCCGCACCGACGCCGACCCGGACUCUGACCCAGACCCGCCACUGAGGCCGACAGCCGAGUCGAUGGACGGCUACGGGGUGCGGUGCAAUCGGACGACAUCAAAGGUCGUCGUGCUAAAGGCGGAGAAGGCCACCAUGACAGAGAGCCACUUUACUGAGGCGGUGCGAGUCCGGGGUAAAGAGAGGGGAGGCGCGCGCUGGGGUCACGCAGCGCCCUUCAUGCGCGGCGGCACCAUCGUGCGAUCGCAGACGUUUUCUCCCGGGGCUCGCAGUCAAUACGUUUGCAGGUUGUACCGCAGCGACAGCGACAGCUCCACCCUCCCAAAGAAAUCGCCGUUCGUGCGCAACACGCUGGAGCGUCGCACGCUGCGCUACAAGCAGCAGUCGUAUCGCUCGUCGCUGGCCGAGCGGCCCACGCGCACCUCGCUGGACCUGGAGCUGGACCUCCAGGCCUGCCGCACGCGUCAGAGGCAGCUCAGCGAGGAGCUGGGCGCACUCCGAGAGCUCAAGCUUAGGCUGGAGGAGCCCGCCGCGACGUCGCACCUUCACCACGGCGAGCUGCCCCACUGGGCCCUGAGGGACGAGCGCUUCCGCUGCCUGCUCAGGGAGGCCCACAGACAGGCGGGUCAAAGCGAGCGUGAGCAGCGUCAAGAGGAAGAGGUGGGAAGGCGGCUGCGUAAGGCGUCCAAAGAGCUUCUGCACUUGAGGGGGCACAGCCACAAGGAACCCCUUCCCGUUCACACCUUCAGAGAGAAGAUGGCUUUCUUCACCAGACCAAGGUUCAACCUCCACGUACCUCCAUUGCCGGCUGACGACGUGUGACCUCCGCCCCCGAGCCCGCGUCACAUGACAUGAAGUAUUUGUGCUACUUUUUCCUCCACACAAAAAGGAGUCACGAAGCGUUUGUGUGCCAUGAAGAACCCAAGAAAGUCUUCUCUUUCCACUGUUUCCGCUUGCCAGUCGGGAACAAAAACACAAAAGCUACUCACUGUACUGUAACUUAUUUUAUAGUACUUUUUUUUUCCUUGAAGGAAAUUUCAGCACCCCCAAAAAAAACUAUCUUCCGAUUAAAGCCGCUCCCUGCUUUUUUAAGUGUAUUUUGUAGCUUCGGAACAAAUAGCACUUGAGUGUUUGUACUUCUUCUAAAAGCAAUGUAUGUACAUCCAAUGUCACUUUGUAAUCCACUUUUAUUAAAAAUGUCCUUUUUUGUUAUUAAAAAUUAAUAUUAUUUCAUGUACUUUUCAAUAUACGGAUGAAACACUGUAUUCUGAUAGUUUUUUUUUUUUCUAAUGAUGUCUGUAUGAGCAUCUGCAGUGUUACCUCUUUUGUGAAAAUAAAACUAUUAAAGCA